AUGUCUCGACACUUUGCGACUCGCUUGACUUAUCAGACUGUACGCGGGUAUCAGGGGCAAGCACAACCCUACCAAGCUAGCCUCUUAUAUAACGAAGUAAAAGAUAUCCCAAAGAGAGUGAUCAAGCCAUCGGUAGAAUCCUCACAAGAGCUACUUCGCUCUCUAUUGCAAGGCUAUAACCCUACCUUCCAACGUCAUCCCCUGGGAAUGGAAGCAGAGGCUCUUAUAAAAUUAAGCCCACGGCAGCAGAUGUGUUACUACGAUGGCAAAAUGUUUGGUGGAUACCUUGUCUUGCUCUUAGACCGUAUUCUUGCAGACUGCUGCCGGCCGGCGUUCACAGCCUACCUCAACACAUCCUUCGCACACUCGGUUCCACCAGAUGCUCCUAUCCGCCUAUGUGCAAGACCAGAGAAAGUGGAAGGGCGCAAAAUCUACCUUACAGCAUCUAUCCAGAUUCCUGGGAGUAAGGCGGGUGAUAUGGUUGACGCAAUAAAAGCGGAUGCGUUAUUUGUGCGGCCCCGAAAUUAA